AUGGGUGUGUUUAAUUUAGUGUUUCAUCAUGGGGGAAGUUUCGUGCAAGACGGCCAUACGUAUUAUAGAGGAGGUAGUGAGACUACUGUUGAAGGUCAGGACGAAGAUAAAUGGAGCUUUUUUGAAGCUGUUAGUCUGGUUAAAGAUUGGGGUUAUGAAGGUUUUAGGCUAUGGAGAAAGAUUCCGCAAACAGAUGAAGGGUUUACAAAUGUUGUUGAUGAUGCAGGAGCUGUAGAAGUUGCUAAGCAUUGUAUGUCUUGUAGAGUUCACGGCGAUCUUUGGGUAAAGCACAGUGUAGAAUACAUGAUGACCAAGGUUCUGGUACCUAAUGUUGAUGACUUCAGCACCUCUAGUGGAGAUGAUAGUACUGGUGACUAUGUUGAUGCAAGCCAAUGUUUCAAUGACAGUGAAGAGGAAAGAGUAAUUGACGUAGAAGAAGAGCAAUUUGAACAAGUGGAGGUAGCUGUUCCAUUUAGUGGGAAUAGGGUGGAGAUCGAAGGGAAAUCAUUGAGAUUCAAGCGUUGUGCAUCCAAGGAUCCCAAAAAGAUGAAAGAAAAGAGCAAAAGGGACAAGGUAAGUGUUUUGGUGCCCAAAAGUGUCUUAGGAUCUUGUUCAAAGAGGGCUACAAGGAAAUGUGAAGAUGUGGAUUAUGCUAGUGAGGAACUUGAAAGUUCAGAUGCUGAUGAAAGUGACAUGAAUGACAAACCUUCCAAGCCAAAGUAUGAGAAGUUCAGAUCAGAGCUGCUUAACAAAGACUUUCAAUUCAAAUUAGGUAUGGAGUUCAUUUCUCUUUCUGAAUUUAAAGAUGCUAUCAGGGAUUGGUUAGUAUUAAAUGGUAGAGAAAUAAGGUUUGUUAAGAAUGAGAGCUGUAGGGUUAGGGUUGAGUGUAAGAGUAAAUGUGGGUUUUUGGCAUUGUGUAGCAAAGUGGGAGGUAGCCUCACUUACCAGAUAAAGACUUGGGUGGAGACCCACACAUGUGCAAGGGUAUUAAAUAACAAGUCUGCCAAUUCCAAGUGGGUCUCUAAGUUAGUGGUUGAAAAGAGGAAGUCACAAGGGAAAGUUAAACUGUCUGAAAUUAUGUCUGAGCUUAGACAGAAAUAUUCAGUGGGCAUUACCAAAGGGAAAGCUUGGAGAGCCAAAGCUAUGGCUGAAGAAAUAAUUGAAGGUGAUGCAAAGGAACAGUAUAACAUGUUAUGGAGAUAUGCAGCUGAGUUGAGAAAACAAUGUGCUGGGAACACUGUCAAACUAAUUACUGAGAGACCACAUCCAACACUACCACUAAGAUUUGGUAGAUUUUACUUCUGUUUUGAUGGAUGCAAGAAAGGGUUUACCAAGGGUUGUAGACCAUUUAUAGGGGUAGAUGGGUGUCAUCUUAAGACACAAUAUGGAGGUCAGUUGUUAAUUGUUGUAGCAAGGGACCCGAAUGACCAAUAUUAUCCUUUGGCAUUUGGUGUGGUGGAGACUGAGACAAAAGAAAGCUGGAGAUGGUUUAUGCAAUUGCUAAUGGAAGACAUUGGAGAAGAGAGAAAGUAUGUUUUUAUUUCAGACCAACAAAAGGGACUUGUUAGUGUCUUUGAGGAAAUGCAUCAGCAAGUUGAACACAGGGUCUGCCUCAGACACCUGAUUUCUAAUAGUGUUGUUAAGCUUGAUAAGUGGAAGCAUAAUGUCAUGCCUAAUCCUAGGAAAAGGCUUGAUAAGGAAACAUAUCUUAGUGGAGAAUGGCUGCCUACAUGGAGCAGUGGUGAUUUGUGGCAAGUCCAUCACCCAUAUAAUGGAUUGCAGUUUGUUGUUGAUAUUGGGGAAAAAACCUGUACUUGUUGUUUUUGGGAUCUUGUGGGCGUACCUUGUAGGCAUGUUGUUUCUGCAUUACAGUAUCAAAACUUAGAUCUUGAGAAAUAUGUUGACCCUUGUUACAUGAGAGAAGCUUACAGGGCAUGUUAUGAAAACAAUGUUAGUCCAAUAAAUGGCAUGGACAUGUGGCCAACUAUGGAUGCUGAAGAAUUGUUGCCACCACAAUACAAGAAGGGACCUGGAAGGCCUAAGAAACUGAGGUUUAGAGAGUUGGAUGAGAAUGGUUCAAGGAUGAGGAGGGUAGGUGUAGCAUAUAGAUGCACGCAUUGUGACAAAUUUGGCCAUAAUUCUAGGAAGUGUCAAGCUAAGGAGCAAGAUCCUAAUGCACUAAAGAGAAAGAGAAAGACACCCAGGACCAAAGUGUCAAAAAAAUUUGAUGGGACUGUGGAUGAAGGCCCAGAGAUGGAUGCAAAUGUUGAUACAACUGCAACUGGAGGUGGAACUGUGGAUGAAGACCCAGAGAUGGAUGCAAAUGUUGAUACAACUGCAACUAGAGGUGGAACUGUGGAUGAAGACCCAGAGAUGGAUGCAAAUGUUGAUACAACUGCAAUUGGAGGUGGAACUGUGGAUGAAGGCCCAGAGAUGGAUGCAAAUGUUGAUACAACUGAAACUGGAGGUGGAACUGUGGAUGAAGGCCCAGAGAUGGAUGCAUUGCUGAAUAAUAUGAUGGAUCUUUAUGAAGAACAACAAUCACAUGUUGACAAUCCCACACAACCUACUGCUAUGCAACCUCCCCCAACACAUGAAUCACAACCUGCUGCAAUGCAACCUCCCCCAACACAUGAUUCACAACCUGCUGCAAUGCAACCUGACCCUGCUGCUACUAAUGUCAAAAAACCUUCAGCUAGGAAAAAGGCCGUGGCCGUGCCUUGGAAGCGAUCAAGAAAGAGAGUCAGUGGAAGAUUGAAGGAAGUGAGGAAUGCCAAAAGACAUGGUGGGCCUGGAUCAACACCUGAUGCACCUUUGACCAUAGGUGAAGAAACUGGUGGUAGUACCUCAAAGAAGAUAUCAAGGAAGAAGAGGAAGGGCAUUGAUCAGUAG